GAAGAAAACCCAAGAUUUGUUUCACCCACUAAUUGCAAUUUUUUGAUUGAUUGUAAUUUUAGAGUUUGGAUCUUUUGGAAACCUGCGUUUGGAUUUUUGGCUGGCUAAGGGAGGUAAAAUGGAGCUUAUGCCAAGAAAUAUGGCGAAAACAAGCGACGUAGAUGGAGUUUGCGGUAGGGACGGCUAUGAUGCUGUUGUUGUGGGGUCCGGCUAUGGUGGGUCGGUCGCAGCGUGCCGUAUGUCAAUGGCUGGCAUGAAGGUGUGUUUGAUCGAGAAAGGACGGAGGUGGGAAGCGCAGGACUUCCCGACAAACAGUUUUCAGAUCAUAUCGACGGUGAGGAUGGAAAACAGGAACUGGGGCAUCAGCUUCGGACCCAAGGAUGGUUUGUUUCAGAUCCAUGAGCAAGGCGAUUCAUUAGCAGGAACGGUCUGUGGGCUCGGGGGAGGAUCGUUGGUGAAUGCUGGUGUGAUGGUAUCGACACCGGUCCGUGCCAGACGGGACCCGAAAUGGCCAAAGGAAUGGCAGCAUGACUGGGAAAUCUGUGAAAUAUCAGCAUUGGGAAUGCUGAGGCCACAGAGUAUCCCACUGGAAUUUGGCAAUUCUAGAGUCAUGAGAGGAAUAUCCGAUGAAAUCGAAGACUGCAGCAUGAAUUCGAUCAAGCUGAGUGUGAAUUUUGGCCAGGAGGUGGGGCCCAGUCCGAUGGGAUCACAGCCGUUGGAUAAAUGCUUAGCGUGUGGUAAUUGCAUGUCAGGAUGUCCUUACAAUGCCAAGAACUCAUUAGACAAGAACUACUUGGCGACGGCGAUUCAGGCAAGCAGCUCAUCUAUGUGUGUGAGAAAUCCUGAUCAUUCAUCAGGUAGGGUACUCUUUGUAUGUGCCAUGGCCCAAAAAUAG